AUGCGCGCCUCAGCAGUCCUCGCCGCAACCUGCGCCAUGUCCGUCACCGGUGCCGCCGUCCCCCGCGACGCCGCUCCCGCAGCCCACCCCUGGCUCGCCCCCGACGUUGCCGGCGGCGCCGUCCGCGGUCCCUGCCCGAUGCUCAACUCCCUCGCCAACCACGGCUACCUCGCCCGCGACGGCAAGUCCAUCUCCAUGCAGGACCUCAUCGCCGGCCUCGGCUCCGCCCUGCACUUCAACGAGUCCCUCGUCCGCACCCUCGGCACGCCCGCCUUUGCCACCUCCACCACCGGCAACGCGAGCACCUUCAACCUGGACGACAUCGCCAAGCACAACGUCAUCGAGCACGACGGCAGUCUCUCCCGCGCCGACUUCGCUGUGACGGGCGACGCGAAGACCUUCAACACGACGGUCUGGGCCGAGACCAAGGGCUACCUCGAGUCCGGUGCCGCCGCCUCCGACAACAAGGUCGGCGUCGCGACCAUGGCUUCCGCGCGCAGCAAGCGCAUCGCCACCGCAAAGGCGACGAACCCGUCCUUCAACUUGACGACCAGCCAGGUCACCGUCUCUCUGGGCGAGUCGGCCGUUAUCCUCGGCACCAUUGGACAGAGCUACACCGCGCCUGCUGCGCCGGUCGAGUGGUUGAAGGUCGUCUUUGAGGAGGAGCGUCUUCCGUUCAACGAGGGGUGGAACACCUCUGCCGAUGUGAUUACCACUGCCCAGGUCCUGGGUCUGUCGCAACUCAUUGCUACUAGCAGCAGCUAA